AUGGAUGAUGGGUUGGCCAGCGAAGAAGUGCCCCAAUCUAUCACGAUAACUGGCAGCACCGUGUACGGAAAUGUUAUUGGGGGUAACAGCGGGCUCUCCCACAUCGAAUCUGACCUCAGGACGAUUGGCAACUCUAAGACCGUAGCCAGAGUCCGCUCAGGGGAUUCGAUAAUAAAGAGCGGCAACUCUCAGCGGAACCAACACAUCGCCUGGCAUCACCAUGUGUCCAUGCCAAUGAACAAGGAGAAUGUUUGGAGUCACGACGUCGACAUGCCAGUCAACUGGCAUCACGAUGUGUCUAUGCCCAUGACGAAGGAUAUCAACUGGCAUCACGAUGUAUUUAUGCCCACGAAGAAGGAUAAUGUAUUGAGCCAUGAUGUUUACAUGCCUGUUGGCAACACUCAAAGAUCGUUUGACAUCAGUGCUGGGGAUACACAGUGGCGUCACGAUGUCUUCAUGCCAAUAGGCAACACCAAAAAGACUGUCGAUGUCAGUGCCAAUGGAACGAACAUCCAUCACCGAGUAGACACCGACCUUUUCGACAAGGCAAGCCACCGCUUGGGAGAAAUUGCUUCAUCUCGCUUAGGCGGAAGUGGAUCCGGUACCGACAACGGUGGGACGCCCCUUGAACUCGGUGGCGAUGGCCUGGGUGACACUGAGUUUGAUGCCAAUGGCAACUUUACAAGCAGCCCUUGA